UAAACCACCCUCAUCGAGAACGUCUUUGUGAGACGGCGAUCUCGUUUUAGAUUCCUUACAGCAUGGCUACUCCUAAGCCUGCGCUUUUGGCGAUCUCCUUCACCUUGCUCGUCGCUUUCGCCAGCGCUGCGGCUCCUGCCGCCACUCCUGCAAAGGGCGCUCCUGCUACUCCUACUCCAGCUCCUGCGAAGAGCACUCCUGCGCCAUCCACUCCCUCUCCUUCCACCCCUGCACCUGUCGUCAUUCCUCCCGGCAAGGCCGCCAUCAACAGCCCCACUUUGAACGAGAAGCCCGACCAGAGCAGCAAGAAGGACGAUGGGCUCAUGACGCAAGUCCCCGCGGACAUCGCGAAGCAAGCCGCGACGGGCAAUGCGGCCGGCGUCACAUACGUCGACACGGCGCAGGAUUCCAUGUUCAUGGCCGAUGUUAAGAAGGCCGGCUGGAACGCGCAGAAAUGCCCGCCUGGACUUAACAAGGAGCGCGCGUCGGCGUGCACGCCCAAGAACUGCUCCCGGGGUGGAAUCCCCGCCAAGUGGAAGACUUCGUACCUGCAGAAGAGCAAGCUCGGUUACGAGCUGUACCAACCUGGUAACCCGCUGACGAUCACGAAGGCGAACCCCGCGUCGUGCUGUAACACGUGCGCCGGGAUGCCCCAGUGCACGUACUGGCAGUACAUCCCCGAUAUUACCAUCGACGGGAAGAAGGGCAAGGGCGCGUGCUUCCUCAUCCACGACAAAAUCGACUUUACCUGCGGAGAAAUGACGGCGCAGUAUUCGACGGAAACCAAGCCCGUGCCGCUGCAGGUGCGCAUCGGCGGCGAGUGCAACCCGCACCCGAAGGUCCUCAACGACCCGCAUCUGGUGGGAGCGCACGGCACGCACUUCGACUUCAACGGCCGCCCCGACAAGGCGUUCUGCCUGCUCACGGACCGCAACCUGCACGUGAACAUGCUGCUCCGCGGGUACUACGACGAGAGGACCGAGAACGCUGCGCUCGUGGUCGACGGAAAGGCGGUUCACACCUGGAUUAAGGAGCUCGGCAUUAUCUGGACCGCUGACGGCGCGGACCACAAGAUCCGCCUGGCGGCGCGCGGCGGAAAGCAACAGGAGCGCGGCGACGGAUUCAUGAAAUCCAUCGAGAUCGACGGCGAAGAAAUUCCCCGCAUGCAGCUCGGCGACGUGGUUACCAGCACGGGCGGGCUGACGAUCGAAUUCCACGCGCACGAGAAGGAGGGACCCUUCGACGUGGAUUACUACCUGCUGUCGAUCGAGGGCCUGGUUUCGUUCGACCUGAGGCUGCGUGUCGCACACCCCAAGCUGCAGACGCCGACCGACGCGGAGGUUCACCUGAAUCUCGGAAUCACGGAGCUCGAUCACACGGACGAGAUUCACGGCGUGCUGGGCCAGACGUACCGCGAAGAUCACGCCCAGCGCGCGGAGAAUUUCCAGCGGUUGAUUGCGACGCUGCACCACCCGAUUUCGGCGGAUGGUGGCGACGGAGCUGGGUUUCUGGAUGGUACACCCAGGUCGUACGAGGCGAGCGAUGUGCUUGCUGUGGAUUGCGCGUAUACCGCGUAUGCCCGUGCGCAGAAGGUUCAGCCUGUGGAGCAAUUCCAUUAUUAGUGUGCUCUUUUGGAGCACUCUGAGUGUAUUGUAUGGUGGGCUGAGCUGACUGUCGGAAUGGUGUUCUUGUUUCGUGUUGUUUCUGAUGGGCUGAAUGAUUCGCGUUUGCAUGGUGUGGUUGCUGUUGGGUUGUUCUGGAGGACUGAAUGGUGCGAUGGGCUGAAUGUUGUGGUUGGAUUGAAUUGUGUGAUUGAAUUGCAGCUUGGUGGGAUUGAUGGGUUGUACUCUAUAGUGGGCUGUUUGUAUUGUACGGUGGGCUGAACUUGAUGGCUUGUUGUUAGAACGCUCAUGCCUAAAUUCUUUCAUUGUUUGGUGGGGCUUAUAUUUCAUUAUUGUGGGCUGUUUCUCUCUGUUUCUACUCGCUAUAAGAAUUUU